AUGAACUUCACUGAGGCGACCGCCGAGUCAGCUCCAGUUCCGGUGAACCUCAACGAUCCCGAGGUGCAGUCUCUCUACUACGAAGGUGACAUGAUGAUCCAGGAGACGGAGGAGAAGAAGGUGGCGAUGUACACUGCCAAACGGUGGCCCCACGGACGCAUUCCCUACAUCAUGGAGAACAAGUUUGCGCCGGAGGAGCGCGCCGCCAUCGCGCGUGGCAUUAUGAUUCUCCAGGAGCGCACCUGCAUUCGCUUUGUGCCGAAGAAGGUGCACGACGAGGACUACGUGCUGAUGCGCCGCGGACCGGGCUGUGCGGCGCACGUCGGUCGCAUCGGCGGUCAGCAGUGGGUCAUCCUUGGCGACGGCUGCUACGGCAUUGAGACGGUCACGCAUGAGUUGAUGCACUCGGUUGGCUUUAUCCACGAGCAGUCGCGUCCUGACCGAGACGAACACGUGGAAAUUGUCUGGGACAAUAUCAAGUCAUCUGCAAAGCGGAACUUUAAGAAGCACGGAAACGACUACCUGGCAGAUCACGGCUUCCCCUACGACCUCCUCUCUGUGAUGCACUACCGCCAGUAUGCCUUCUCGAAGAAUCGCAAACCGACUAUUCUGCCGAAGCGGCCGGUGCCGUACCUGCGUUGUCGCGGCAUUGACUGUCCAUCGGAGCUUGACAUUAAGAAAAUCAACUUUCUCUACAAAUGUCACAAGAAGGAGGACGAUUUUGACGCCUACGACAAAGACUUUGACAAUGAGGUGACGGUGGAUGAAAUCAUGAUCGGCGGCAAGGGAGGACAUGGUGACGGCUUGGAUGAGCACUUUAAUCCUGACAUGGAGGCUGACAAUGAGCCCU